UCGAGCUCCAAAAUAACUUAAGAUAAAAACAACAAAGCGGCAUAAAUGAAGAAUAAUUUCGAUCGUAACUGACAUACUCUUCCGUAGCAAUUUUAUUGAAGCAUUUGUACUAAAAAAAUCAGCUUUAUAACAAUGGCCAGCAAUAAUAUAAAUAAAUUGAUUGCAAGAACAUUUUUUAAGAAUUUUUUUGAAAAAACUGAGAAUUUGUCUCAAAAGAAAGGACCUAGUAGAUUUGGACAUUACAGCUUGAUUGAGCCACAACAAGUGUCAGCAAAACGAGAUGUCCCAGCAUACAUUCCUAAGCCCACAUAUGCAGAAACUGGUGAACCUAUGCCACCUCCAAGUGAACCAGAGAUUAAAACUAAAAAUCAAAUAGAAUGUAUGGCACACAGUUGUAUACUUGCCAGACGAGUGUUACGUGAAAUCAAAUCUAUAUUAAAACCAGGUAUUACCACAGACUUUGUGGAUCACACAAUUCACGAAAUGAUCAUAAAUCAAGGAGCUUAUCCAAGUACAUUAAAUUAUCGAGGAUUUCCAAAAUCUGUAUGUACUAGUAUAAAUAAUGUAGCUUGUCAUGGAAUUCCUGAUGACAGACCUCUGCAAGACGGAGAUAUUUUGAACAUUGAUGUGACAGUUUUUUUCAAUGGCUACCAUGGAGAUUGUUCAGAAAUGUAUGAAAUUGGAACAGUAGACGAACAAGGCAAAGACCUUAUUAAAAUAGCUAAAUUAUGCAUGCAAAAAGGAAUGGAUAUUUGUAAACCAAAUGAAAAAUUUUGCAAUAUAGGUACUAUGAUAGAGGAAACAGCAAAGAAACAUGGUUAUAACAUAUUUCCUGCAUUUGGUGGUCAUGGUAUAGGUCAAUAUUUUCACGGGCCACCAGACAUAUACCAUUUUGCUAAUGAUGGAGAGGGUGUAAUGAAACCAGGAAUGACAUUCACCAUUGAACCAAUUGUUACACAAGGAAGGGAAGAAGUUGUAGUUUUAGAAGACGAAUGGACGGCUGUGUCAUUAGAUAAUGCAAGAUCAGCGCAGUUUGAAAACACAAUUUUAAUAACUGAAAAUGGUUAUGAUAUUUUAACAAGCUAAAUAUAAAGUCGGAUCUUG